AUGGGCCAAUCGACGGCCUCCGAGGGUUCCCUCUCGGGCCUGUUCCGCCGCGUGGUGACGGUCUGCCAGAACCAGUUUGCAGUGAUUGGUCAGGUUUUCCCGCCGCCGCUGGUGGCGAAGGUCACGCGUCUGCUGCUGUCAAGGAUCCUCAACGACCCCGUGUACGGCGUUCAGGCGCGAGUGGAGCAGGUGCUGUCGCCGCAAGCGCCCAUGGAGCCGUUGCCCCUGGCGGACUACCUAAACUGCCUGUGCACCGUCGAGCAGCAGACCGCGGCUUUGUUCGGGAUGCUCAAGGCACGCGCUGUCGAGUCUGUUGCUUGUGUUUGGUUGUCUGCUCACUUUUCUUUUUUUUGUCAGCGUCCGUGUGUGUUGCUUAUAUACUGCAAGAGACACAGACACAGACACACACAGAGA